AUGAGCACCAUUCAUAAACCAAAGAAGUCUGCUGUUUCAAUUGAAAAGAAAAUAGCUACUCAACAAAAGAAAGAACAAUUGAAACAAGAAAAUGAAAUUAAAAAAGAAGAAGAAAACAAGGAAGAAGAAGAACUUGAAUCUGCUAGUGAUCCACGAGUUGUUAAACAUUAUGAAGAAGCAGCAGAAAUUACUAAUGCUGCAAUGAAACUUGCUGAAUCACUUUGUGUUGAUGGUGCAGUUGUUUAUGAAGUAUGUAAGAAAGUUAAUGAAUUUAUUGAUGAAGAAGCAGCUAAAGUCUUUAAGAAUGAAUAUUCAUAUGAGAAAGGAAUUGCAUUCCCAUGUUGUAUUUCAUUAAACAAUUGUUGUGGAUAUUUCUGUCCAUUAGCUGAAGAUAAAACUAGUAUGAAAAAAGGAGAUUUAGCUAAGAUUGAAUUAGCAACACAUAUUUCAGGAUUUGUUGCUGAGGCAUGUAAAACUAUUGUAGUUGGAGAAGAAGCAACAGGAGAUAAAGCAACUAUUAUUGAAGCAGGAUAUACUGCACUUCAAGAAGUUAUUUCAAAACUUCAAGUAGGAGUUAAUACAUCAGAUAUUACAACAGUAGUUGAUGGAGUUUGUAAGAAAUAUAAUGUUAAAGCAUUUGAAAACAUUGUUUCCAGAAAUAUGGAAAGAUAUAUGAUUGAUGGAAAUAAAUUUAUUCUUAAUGUUCCAUCUAAAUCUGCUGUUGAAGAUAUGAAAAUUGAAUUAAAUGAUGUUUGGAAUUUAGAUAUCAUUUUAACUACUGGAGCUGCUAAACCAGUAGAAAAAGAAACUAGAACAACAGUUUAUAAGAGAAAUAUUGAUGAAACAUAUAUUCUUAAAAUGAGAACAUCUGUUCAAAUUUUCAGAGAAGUUAAUAACAAAUAUCCUACAUUCCCAUUCUCUCUUGGAAUGCUUGAAAAUGAAUCUAAAGCUAAGAUGGGUAUUGUUGAAAUGGCAAAACACGAUUUAGUUGAUUCAUAUACAGUUGUUUAUGAAAAGACUGGAUUAGUAUCUCAAUUUAAAGCAACAAUUAUUGUUACUGAAAAUGGACCAAAAGUAUUAACUCCAAUUGAAGCUCCAGCUUUCAUUAAGAAGAACUGAGUGUGAUUUGUUAUG